ACAAUAUUUUAUUUAUUUAUUUAUUUCUAUUUUUUUUUAAUAAAGAAACUCAUACAUGACACACUUUACGUGUAACUGUGAAAUUCCAAAGCACAAAAUAAUACUUCAUCACAUCUCGUGUUCCAUUCCAUUCCACGAAAUUAAAUUCAAAAUAAAAAUGAGAAAAGAAAAGAAAAAAUAAACAAACAAACAAACACACGCACUUGAAAGAAAAAGAAAAAAGUAUAUAGCUCUUUCUCCCUGCGUAAAUUCAGCAUUUUCGUUCUUCCAUAACGUCUCUCUCUCUCUCUCUCUCUCUCUCUGCGUAAAUUCACAUUCCCAUUCGGAUUAGGGUUAGGGUUUUUUUAUAUUGGAAUUGAGAUGGGGCAACAAUCUCUGAUCUACAGCUUCGUCGCUCGAGGCAGUGUGAUUCUCGCCGAGUACACAGAGUUCACCGGCAAUUUCACCUCCAUUGCCUCUCAAUGCCUUCAGAAGCUUCCUUCCUCCAACAACAAGUUCACCUACAAUUGCGAUGGCCACACCUUCAAUUACCUCGUCGAAAACGGCUUCACCUACUGCGUAGUUGCAUCUGAAUCUGCUGGCAGGCAAAUUCCAAUUGCCUAUCUGGAGAGAGUCAAGGACGAUUUCAACAAAAGAUAUGCUGGUGGGAAAGCUGGAACUGCUGUUGCCAAUGGACUGAACAGAGAGUUUGGACCUAAACUGAAGGAUCACAUGAAGUACUGUCUGGAUCAUCCUGAAGAGAUCAACAAGCUUGCAAAAGUGAAGGCUCAGGUUACUGAGGUCAAGGGUGUUAUGAUGGACAAUAUUGAGAAGGUUCUUGACCGCGGUGAGAAGAUUGAGCUGUUAGUGGACAAAACUGAUAAUCUUCGCUCGCAGGCCCAAGAUUUCAGGACACAGGGAACGAAAAUGAAAAGGAAGAUGUGGUUUCAGAAUAUGAAGAUAAAAUUGAUCGUUGUGGGGAUCAUCAUUCUCAUAGGCUUUGUGAUAUUUUUGUCAAUCUGCCAUGGUUUUAAGUGUACCUAAGUUUGCAUCGGAAUAUGUCCAUGGACGCUUUCGUGCUGUCAUGCGGCAUUGGUAAAUUGCUCUAUCUCUUUGAGUUGCUUACCUUGUUAGGUUAUGCCCGUCCUGUUUUGCUAGCCAUUUUAGGAUGGGGUGGGGGGAGGUUUUGUAAGUUUUUUUUCGCACUGGUUGUUGUAUAGUUUAUAUAUUUGUCCUUGUCGUUGUCGUUGUCUAGGGUAGAUAAAAUCAAUCACUAUCAUAUAUGUGCUCCAUGUAAUGUAAUGGAUCCUUAAUUAGCUUAAGAUGUAAUGGAGGAAUGCUUGGAUGAUUGUAAAUCAGCAUCCCCUUUCGGAAUCC